UGUCAGUGAUCGCGAAUUACGCGAAGAUUGUGGAGGCUUUUCGUUCUGCGUUUUGGAGCGCCUGUCUGGGCACACUGCCCGGCUCUUCGUCAGUUUAUGUUUUCAACCCACUGAUCUUUUGCAGACUGUAAUCUUAUCAGUGUCAAACCGUUGUUGCCCUUUCCUCUCGGGCAGAUCCCGUGCGUCUUUGACCAGCGUUUGUGCCAAACUUCGGGCUGCAAAAAGGCUUUUCUUUGAGAAAACUUUUACGGGCGAAUGCAUCAGAGAGAAAUAAAGUUACCUGUGCGCUUGAAUGUGUGUUGAUGUGGACAUUUGAGGGCGUAAAACUUUCGACAAAGAGAAGAUAUGGAUCUUGCAUGUAAAGGAAGGACUCUCUUAUUCUUACUCUUUUGUGCAAUUUGCACAGCCAGUGUUUGCUUUGGUGCAAGAAGAUCAAACAUUCGAAGAUCCGAUCGCCUGAGUCCCCCAUUAGACAUCCAGCUGGAGACCAUCAACUGUACCGCCUUCAGCGUACGAUGGAAGAUGCCCCGCAGACACGUCAGCACCAUCACCGGAUACAAGGUGUUUUACACAGAAAUGAAAAAUAGUCGUCCGGCUGGUACAACAUCCCUGAUGGAGGUGCCCCUCAGUUUGGACAUGCUCACCACUGGCCAGUUUGAUGGACAAGCAAACUUUGAUGUGGACAUUGGUAACUUGAAGCUGAACACGAGGUACAGAGUCAGUGUCGGAGCAUAUGGGUGGGCAGGGGAGGGCAGACCCAGUAUGCCCAGAGAUAUCUCCACUGCUUCCCAUGAAAUGUGUAUGCCCCCUUCUCCACCGACUCAGCCCGUAGUGAUGGCUGUGUCCGACACAGAGUUGGCGUUGUCAUGGCAGCAAGGAGAGAAUGAAGGAAGUGCGCCCGUUCUUCACUUCCUGGUGGCUUAUAUCAGGCCAGAAAUGGACACAGAAUGGACGUAUAUCCGAGAGCCGAUUGAGACCAACUCCAUGGUUUUAAAAGGGUUAAUUCCAGAAACAGAGUACCAAUUUGUUGUGAGAGCAGUCAAUGUACAUGGAGUUAGUCCACCCAGCCACAUCAACAGUCCCGUACGCACUCUGGGUUCAUCAGAUGCUGGUAGUGGGGAUAUUGGACUUUACAUCACAGAUUCCAGGACCAAAGAUGAAGAUGGCUUUGACAUUGAUGAUUCAGAUUAUGACGUAUUCAUUGAAGAGUUGAAACCAUUUCCUGGAAUAAGUGAGGACAACAGGAAGUCCCAACUCCGUUCACGCUCCGGCCCUUCACCUGGUCGAAAUGUGGUUUACCGUAUGAACACCAUGGCCCCUCCAAAUAUUACUGACCUACCAGUUUCCACAACCACUUCAGCCAUCUUCCCAGACUUCUCAGAUCUAGUUUUCUCAGAAAACUCAGAGCCCAGUAUGUCCACUAAUUUGGUAACUACUACCUCACCGAGCACCACCAGCACCACUACGACUGCACCAACCAUGUCCCCCUGGCUCGGCGAGGUGCCUCGUGUGUAUGACCUGACUUGUGAGGACACGGUUUGCCCGCCUGACAGCUUCUGUCUCAGUGAUUAUGACAGCGGGGGUUCUCGCUGCCAUUGCAACCUUGGACGUCGAGGGGACACUUGCUCUGAGGGGGUAACAGUAAACUUUCCCAAGUUCUACGGCUACUCUCACAUGACCUUUGAACCGCUGAAAAACUCUUACCAGACAUUUCAGAUCACUUUGGAAUUUAAGUCAGACUCUGAGGAUGGCUUGCUGCUGUACUGUGGAGAGAAUGAGCAUGGCCGUGGAGACUUCACCUCUUUGGCGUUGGUUCGAGGCAAACUUCACUACAGGUUUAACUGUGGCACUGGAGCAGCUCAGAUAAUCAGUGAGAGUCGUAUUGUUUUGGGUCAGUGGCACAUAGUUACUAUUUUCAGAGAUGGGAUGAGUGGAUGGCUCCGUAUGGACAACGAUACCCCCCUGUCUGGACGCUCACAGGGUCAGUACACCAAAAUUACUUUCCGCUCCCCGUUGUAUGUGGGUGGAUCUCCAAGUGUUUACUGGCUGGUUAGAGCAACAGGUACAAAUCGUGGCUUCGUGGGCUGCAUUCAGAGUCUUAACAUCAACAACAAGGCCACAGACAUCAGACCAUGGCCUCUUGGUAAAGCAGUGAGUGGAGCUGACAUAGGUGAGUGCAGCAAAAGCGUGUGUGACCAGGUCACCUGUGCCAACGGCGGAGCUUGCUUUGCAAACCGUGCCGACGGUUACAUCUGCCUGUGCCCCCUUGGUUUCAGGGGAGCUAUUUGUGAAGAGAGUUUCUUGUUGACUUCUCCACUCUUCAAUGAAACCGUGUUUUCGUACGCUGUCAUUCCAUGGCCUCAGUCCUCUCAGAGCUACCUGUCCUUUAUGGAGUUUGAGGUGACGUUUUGGCCAUCAAUGCCUGAUGGGGUGUUGCUGUACAGUGACGAUGCAGGCAGUGGAGACUUCCUUUCCAUUAAUUUGGUGGACAGAUAUGUAGAGUUCAGAUUUGACUGUGGUUCUGGAGGAGCUGUUAUAAGGAGUCAGGAGCAGAUCAGUUUGAACUCAUGGCAUGAACUAAGAGUGUCUCGUACAGCAAAGAGUGGAAUCCUGCAAGUGGACAACCAGAAGUCAAUGGAGGGAAUUGCUGAGGGAGCUUUCACUCAGAUCAAUUGCAGCUCACCUCUCUAUGUUGGUGGAGUGCCAGAAUAUGAUAAAACCAAGAAGACUGCAGGUGUGAUAAGGGCCUUCACUGGAGUUAUUCAGAAGCUGAUUCUCAAUGACCGCACCGUCCCAAUCACAGCUGGCUCUGCUGGUGGAGUUAAUGUGGCAAACUCUGAUCACCCAUGUGUGGAAAGCCCCUGUGCCAACGGAGGAACCUGCAGGCCAAAGUGGGAUAGCUAUGAGUGUGACUGCCCUCUGGGGUAUGAUGGGAGGCACUGCCAGAAAGAAUGUGGGAAUUACUGUCUCAACACUGUGACUGAAGCCAUAGAGAUUCCGCAGUUUAUUGGAAGAAGUUACCUAACCUAUGACAACAGAGAUAUCCUUAAAAGAGUGUCUGGGUCUAGAACUAACCUUUUCAUGCAUUUUAAGAGCACAGCCAGGGAUGGCUUGCUGCUUUGGAGAGGAGACAGUCCAAUGAGACCCAACAGUGACUUCCUUUCCAUGGGGCUGCAGGAUGGGGCGCUUAUCUUCAGUUAUAACUUAGGCAGUGGAGUAGCUAACAUUAUCGUCAACGGCACCUUCAACGAUGGAAAGUGGCACAGAGUCAAGGCUGUUAGGGAUGGCCAGUCAGGAAAGCUGACUGUCGAUGAUUAUGGAGCUAAGACAGGCCGGUCACCAGGCAUGAUGAGACAACUCAACAUCAACGGACCCCUAUAUGUUGGUGGCAUGAAGGAGAUUGCUCUUCACACAAACAGACAGUACAUUGGAGGCUUGGUGGGCUGUGUGUCCCAUUUCACCCUCUCCACUGACUACCAUUUGGCUUUGGUGGAGGAUGCAGCUGACGGCAAGAACAUCAACACCUGCACUAACUAGAGAAUUUUUGCCGGAGAAGACGGUCCAUUUUCAGCACUGUUUCCAACUGGAUAUUAACCUUGCCAGCACAAAUGAAGUAAAAACAAAAGAAUGUAUUUCUUUAAGUAUUCUAACCAAGACCUGUUUUGGUUUAAACUCAAACCAAAUAUAAGAAUAGUUUUGCCAGUUUAAGCAGAGGGAGUGAAUCUAUCUUUUCUUGCGUGCAGCUUUGAUCUGCCUAGCUGUAAAGUUUAUUUCAAUGGAAAAUAUCCAAGGCUACAGCAAAAGUGACCUCAAAAUAUUUGAUGUUUCAAAAAAAUGGAUUUUUCUGUAAAAAAAAAAGAGAGCAAAAGCUUUGUUUUGGGGUAAAGAGGGCUUUUGUGAAAAGCCUUUUGAAAGACUUUUUUUCAUGGGAUGAUUCUGCUUUCAUCUACAUUUUUUUCUACUGCAAAUAUUUCUCUGGUUGCUGAAAGAGCCAAGUGAUCCAAGAGAUCAAAAUCAACCACGAACCUGACCUAGAGCAGCUAACAAGGGUCAACUUUUUUUUUUUUAGAGAAUUGUUGUUUUCACCUUAGAGGAUUUUUGUUUAAGUUGUUGUGAUAUUUGUACUCUUGCUUGUGAAAUUUUUAGAGAGAUGUUUUUCUCAGUCUCAGUCUCAGUUUUUUUCCCCGGGGUUUAUAGUUUUGCAGGAUAUAUUUGUCAGUGUUACAGAAUUUUUUUUUUUACCUUCUGCUCUUUUCUUGCUUCUUUAUCUGGAUCUCUGAGAGGUUGGUCACAUGAGCAUCUGAUGUUGGGCAUCUCAAAUCUUUAAAUCUAUGCAUGACCAUUUUCUGUCAUCUGAUACAAACCCGUUUUUACUCGCUUUAGUGCAAAUACAUACAAAUGCACACUUUCUUUUAUGGCCAAGUUUCACCCCUUAAAUGGAGAAUAUUGCAAAAUUUGAACUUAAAUCUUAUGAAGUAUUCAAUAUCUUAAUGUUCUGGCAUGUAAUAUUUUGGGCAAUAGAUUAAGAGAUAUGUAUAGAAAAACCAAAUGGCAACACUGUAUUUUUAGGUGGAGAUUGGAACGGAAAUGUGUGUUUUCGCUGUCUUUGACUUCUUUUCUCAGAGUCUGCAUUGACAGAAAAGACUCAAACACUGAUUCCUACCAGAGACUUUUUCGUUCUUCACUGCAGCUCUGUAGAGGAUAAGGAGAGCGUUCAUUAUGUCACUGGAAAGGACUUCACCCUAAAAAAUGAGCUACUACAGUGUUUAUCGUUUUCCUAUAGGUCGGAAAAGCAUUUCAAAAGAGGUCCAUCUGAUGAAAUAUGCCAUUCGACUGUCAAACGUGAAUGUAUUAGGAUGAUUACAGGGGUUACUGUUCUCUUUGUUUAAAAUCAUUCUUGUCAGAGUUUGAAGUGUAAUAAUAAAUUACCACUGACUGUAGGACAAUCCUGAUGUUUAUGUAGUAUGAUUAGUUAUUUUAAGAUGUGUUUACAGCAUUAGCUAUAUGAUUGUGCUUAAGAACCUUUAAAGUGUGAUGUUUCAACUUUUUGUUUCAACCAACUGCAUUUCUGUAACUGGAAUAGACAACAGAAAUUGUCCCCCCCUGACAAAGUAUAUUAUGUGUCAAGCCUUAAUGUUCCCCUUAAGUAACCGUUGCUUUUACAUUUUUGGAGGAACUCUGUCAAGAUUAUUUAAUUUGCUCCAUUAUUUUAAAGAUAGAUAGCUGUUAUUUCAGAAAGUAUAUUUUUCCAGAACUGCAAUCAUUUCCCUUUCCAAAUCAUUAAAACACAUAGAUUUAGCAGAAUAAUGUUAAAUGGGUUUUGUGAAAAACAAAAAACAAAAACAAAAAAAAUUCUAGUUGAUACUUGUAAAUGGUGACAAACUCAUUUGAAAAACUUGACUGUACAUAAUGCUUACAUUAAAGUCUGCUGACUUUAAAACCUG